CAACGGGAAACCUCUGGAAGAGGUGUGAAUUGGACUUUGAGAAUGGACUUCUGUAUCAUAUCAUUCAGAAGUUGUGUGAUGUGUUCCUGAGCAACCCCCACGACAAUCCAUGCUUGUCUGCAUCCUCCAAUGAGAAGAUCCUACAUGUCCAAGGAGAUGUGGAAUUACUGAGGGAUGACAAAGGUCCUACCUGUUCAGCCUGAGCAGCAGAACCUCAUCUCUUUAUCAGGCGCAAGCAUGCCGACUCCUUGUGCGUGCCGUGUGGACAAGUGUUCGAGAGAGUCGCAGACCUUCCUCUUCAGAUGGCGCAGAAGGUGGUGCUCAAGGUCUUGGCCAUGACAGAUGAGAGGGCAAAGCGAAAGGCCAUGGAAGCUGUUGCUGAUAUCUAUGGAAUCGAUUCAAUAGCUGCAGACCUGAAAGAACAGAAGAUGACCAUUAUUGGUGAGAUGGACGCUGUAAAAAUCGCCAACAAAUUGAAGAAAAUAGGAAAGGUUGAUAUAGUGUCAGUAGGACCAGCCAAAGAAGAGAAGAAAGAGGAGAAGAAAGAAGGGAAGAAAUAGUUCAGUAGAAAUCUCCUGCUCAUACUAAACUGAGAACUGAUUUUGUAUUUUACUUUGGCAGCAUCAAUAAAAUUUCAGAACAUGUUUUACUGAUCUAAA